CUUUCCUCUCUUUAGCAUCCCCUCUCUUCCUCCUCCUCCGUCUCACAGCCGAGCUUCCAGCUUCUAGUUCUGCGUCUCUAAGAAACUUUUCAAACGAAUUCCGGCCUCGGCCAAGAAGUGUUCCGGCUCGAUCUUAAGACUUCACCUCCGACACGAAAGCCAGAAGGUGAUGCUUCUAGGGCUGUGACUCCAGCGCGGAAACUUAGAGGAGCCCUUUGCCUGCUGUCCUACUUGGCAACAAACCCUCUCCUGCCCACGAAUGGCCAUGUGUAGCGGAGCGAGGUUGGCCCUGCUGAUCUACGGGAUAAUAAUGCACAGCAGCGUCUACUGCUCACCUGCCGCCGGCGGACUCCGGUUCCCUGGAAUCAGGACGGAGGACGAGGCGUACGACGAGGACGGAAACCCACUGCCAGACUUCUACGACUCGGACCCUCCGGACGUGGGGAGCCCCGCCUCGGCGCAGCAGCGCGACGUCUACGCUCUCUACUUCCCUCGGGAAAAGAGGGAUCUCGCCCACGAGCUACUGCACAAGGCCUACCGCAAAGAGCUGGACCAGUUGUCCACCAGGAAAUACCUGCAGACGGUCAUGGCCCAGGGCGCAGGGGGGAUCCUGGGCGGCGGCGUCAACUGGGAGCCGCUCUCCAAGCGCCACUCAGAUGGAAUCUUCACUGAUAGCUACAGCCGCUACAGGAAACAAAUGGCUGUCAAGAAAUAUUUGGCGGCGGUCCUAGGGAAAAGGUAUAAACAAAGGGUUAAAAACAAAGGACGCCGAAUAACCUAUUUGUAGCGAUGAGUGGUCAGCUACUCCGUGUAUAGUCCCAGCACACACUGAAAAGUCCUUUUCCCAAUUGACUUAACAGUCAUCGCUCAUGUGUUCUAUCCAAACAUGUAUUUAUGUAUGAAGUAAAGCCAUUAAAUGAAUAUUUUGAUAAAAUAUUGUUUUUCUUUUUACAAAGCACUAGAGAAUGCACAGAUAUACUUUGUGGACCAAUUAUUGAUAUAUUAUAUAUAUUAAUAUAUAUAUAAAGUAUAAUAGAGAGCAAUUCAUACAAAAGUGUGCACAAGGAUUGAAAAUUCGCCUGAGCUGUUUAUGUUUUUAUACAAAAAAAGAAAAAUAGACAAUCAUUGUUUUAAAUAUUACUCCUAUUUUUGUAAACUGGAAUUAAAAGGAUAGUAUUUUUAUCCAUGGCAGGCCUGAAGAUAUUAAUAUUGACCAUUUGCUACUGUACAUAAACAAUUCUGGCCUGCUCCAGGGAGAAUUGGAGGUCAUGGUUUGGGAGAAUUGCUGAAGGGAGCUCCUGUUAUUUCCCAGUUUGUCUCUGGAGCAGGUUCCUUCAAUCCCAGCCCAAUUAAACUGGCCACUGUUGCCCUUGCUGGGUGCCAAUUCCAAUCCUCCUGCUUUCUUUGAUUCUACUUUUAUGUGUAUUUGUCUUUCUUUCAACUCUCAGCCCAGAAAAAUUUUUCCUAAUAAAAUACAGCUCUAUCCAAAUUGUGCUUCACCCUAGAAUCCACAUUCUAUUCCCUGGGGGGCAGAGGUGGAGGGUUGUGCAGAGAAGGGAGACUUGGAUUGGAAGCUCCCUUUUCUGUACUUCCAGGGAACCCAAUAUCCCAAGGUUAGGGCAAUUUGAGCAUAGUGAAGGAAAUGCAGGUAAGUAGGAAAAGGCAGAGGGAGCAUCAGGCAGUAGUAGUAGGAGGACCCUAAAGAGGGACAGGUAUGGAGCUGCCCCACACCUGGGAUGCUAGGAGCAGUGAGCACCUCUGGUGGUCUCCUGGCUGCAGUGGGCGCUGGGUAUUGGAAAUGGAUGCAAAGUACGAUGUGUUUUUCUCCAGUGCUGUCCAUGCUUCUCAUCUUGUGAAAUGGCCAGGAUUCUCCCCUUUGAGCCCUGCUCUGUAAGAGCUAUCCCUUUCCUUUGUGAUUUUCUGAAGACUCUUAUUCCCCCCUCCCCAUUAGUACCCUUUGAAUACCAUUUUCCCCCACUUCUCUUGAAUGUGUGAAUGCUUUUUUCUGUUGUUUGAUGUAAGCACUUAUUGUAAAGUUUAGGAACACCUGUGUAGUUAACACUAAGUAAUUAUGCACUAAAUAUGAACCUUUGUUUCUUGUUUAUUGAGUUUGUAGGUAAAAUGUAUUUUUCUACAUUAUGGCUUAUUGCUUAGUAAAAUUUGUUUCAUAAAACCAACCUUUGUCAUAAUAGAAUGUGUAGUGUUCACAUGUUGCUAAGUGUUUCUAACUGAUAAAUCAAUUUAAACCUCGUCUUCAAAUGUAUGAGUACUAUCUUAUAUUUGAGGUCUAUAGUGAGGUAAGCGAGCUUCAAGAGACUCGAGAACCUCAUCCUUGUAUCCUUCCUUGGCUACAGAAAGCAUGUCUAUCUGUCUGUCUGUUUCCUAUUGAGUCUUUGAACAUCUAGAAUAAUCGCUACAAACAAAAGAACCUUCACCCUGCAACAAUAGGCAAACCAGUCUAAUCCCCAAAUUUCAGGCACAAGUACUUCUGGAAGAAAAAAAAAAACAAAAGAACAAGAAAAGGUGACACGUUAGCUCGUAAAGUUUAAAGGACCUUUCCUUUUCCUUUAUGGAUUUGGUAGUAUGAAAUCAUAAAUCAAAGAAAACAGAAUUGGAUUUGCAUUCCCGAAUGGGAUGAAUGCUGCCAGGAGAUCACAUUGCAGACAGUGAAAGCACAGAGGCAUUCGAUCUAUGCCUAAGUCCUGUGCACAGGAUCAAUCUUUCUUUAAUUCUGCAGUCUCCUCAGGCAAUGUGAAAUGGGACGCAGUUUGCAGCUUUAGUGCCUUUCUUCGCCUUUUAAAUCGCCACGAAUCACAGAUGGCUAUUUAGUGGCCCUACAAUGCUGCAACACAUCAGCUUGCAUUUUAGUCUUAAUUAUUUGUUUCUUGGAUAAUGGGCAGAGUUUUCUGUAUUUGUGUCAACUCUUAGUGGUGAAAUAGGGCUCUAGUUAGCCUUUUAUUUAUGAAGUUUAAUUUAGUGUUCCUGUGGCUAGUUGCAAGCAUUUACAGUGAUCACCAGUUUAAUCUUAAUCUUUUGUAUACUUUUUAGAAAUGCCAAGAGCCUUACUACAAAGAGCAAAUUUAUGAUAGUCGUGAUAAUUUAGGUAGAUGUUAGUCUUGAAACUCUUAUUUUGUGUGCAACUGAUUAUAAAAACAUCUUAACCAAGUAUUAUUACACACAUGAUAUCUAUAACUAGGACUUUGAUAACUGUUAUAUAAAGUGUGUAAAAUUUGUAUGAAUAAAUUUUUGUAAACAAUGCAA